UUUGCCAGACAACUAGAUAUUUUAUUUCCCUUACUCAGCUGUCAAACGCAUCAGAGCCACGAGUAACAUCGUGCCCGUACUCGCUCCACUGAGCUGCACCUUGCUCAUCUUCGUAAUUCUCCUCUUCUCUAAGCAAUCAAUCUUCUCGCAGGCAGGACAUGUUCAUGCUUGAUGCUUCCACAUCUUUUCCAGUUUCACGAUUGACUAGUCUUGUCGAUUUUUAAAGGGAACAUGGCCGUGGAACCGGUGAAUGUGAAUGAGUUCCAAGAAUUGGCUAGGCAAGUCCUUCCGAAGAUGUACUAUGACUUCUACAGUGGAGGAGCCGAGGACCAGUAUACACUUGAUGAAAAUAUCCAAGCAUAUCACAGGAUAACGUUUCGUCCGAGAGUUCUUAUUGAUGUAAGCAGAAUCAGUUUAUCAACUACCAUACUCGGUCACCAUGUCUCCGCCCCCAUUUUAAUUGCUCCGACUGCUAUGCAUAAGUUGGCCCAUCCCGAAGGAGAGGUUGCUACUGCUAGAGCUGCUGCUAGUUGUAACACGAUCAUGGUUUUGUCUUUUGGGUCUACUUGCACCAUUGAGGAGGUUGCUUCAAGUUGCGAUGCUGUUCGGUUUUGCCAGCUAUAUAUUUAUAAGAGACGGGAUUUAUCAGCUCUAGUAGUGCAGCGAGCUGAAAGAAACGGGUUCAAGGCUAUCGUGCUCACUGUCGAUGCGCCCCGACUAGGCAGAAGAGAGGCGGACAUUAGGAAUAAAAUGGUAGCACCUCAGGUGAAGAAUUUUGAAGGUCUAUUGCCGACAGAUGUCGUCUCAGAUAAGGGUUCAGAUUUUCAAGCUUAUGCUGAGGCUACCUUGGAUCCCUCCUUCUCUUGGAAGGACAUUGGAUGGUUAAGAUCAAUCACAAACUUGCCAAUUCUGAUAAAGGGAAUACUUACUCGUGAAGAUGCAAUUAAGGCAAUGGAAGUAGGCAUUGCUGGGAUAAUCGUUUCUAACCAUGGAGCUCGACAGCUGGAUUAUUCUCCAGCUACCAUUUCUGUCCUCGAAGAGGUUGUUCAUGCAGUUCAAGGGAAAGUCCCCGUUCUCAUUGAUGGAGGAAUAAGGCGGGGAACCGAUGUUUUCAAGGCAUUAGCUCUUGGUGCACAAGCUGUACUCAUUGGAAGGCCAAUUAUCUAUGGAUUAGCAGUGAAAGGGGAGUAUGGCGUGAGACGGGUCACCGAGAUGCUGAGGGACGAGCUCGAGCUCACAAUGGCCCUCUCGGGCUGCCCGAGCGUGAAUGAUAUUACAAGGAGCCACGUGAUGACAGAACGUGAUAGAGCCCGUUCCAUGUUUUGAUUCAUUUGGCAUUAGGCAGCGCAUCUCCCGUUUGGAUUAUUUUCAAGGAACGCAUGUAACAUGUCAGUUGGACGAAAGAGUGAUCUUAUCUAUGUCUAUAUCUAUAUACUCUCUCUCUC